CGUUUGUCAGCUAGCUCUCUUCUCUCUUUCUUUCUUUUUCAUCGCAAGGAACACACGCCGGCUGUAUCUCAAUGUGUGCGUGAAUGUCUCGUCUUCCCGCCAUUAUCUUAUACGUUAGAGUGAGUCAAAGAGAGAGAGAGAAAGAGAGGAACGAACGGUAAAUACCUUUGCGGCUCCGUUUCAUUCUUAACGGGGCAACCCGACUCCCCUCUAUCGUAAAGAUAAUGGAUUCGUCCGUGGCAUAUGUAUAUCCACCGUAAAUAAACCUCGGGGAAGGUUAACUUGUUAAAUAUUUUUGAAGAUAAUGAUUGAUAUUUUUUUUUCAAUAUUAUUCACGAUGGAGAAAUGUCAAAAUAACUCUUUAUUUCGCCAAUAAUUACCUAUUUAUACGUCGCACUUUGGGUUCGGCCAUUUUGGAGUGGGGGGGUAGCGACGUAGCGCGCCCCGACCGCACCUGUCAAGUCGGUAAACCGUUGUCGAUGGAAGUAGAUAUCGGAGACGUUAAUUUUGACGGAAAUUGUAUCUUUGAAUAGGCCUGAAACGGUGCACGGGUUAUUCGUACGUGGUGAAAUCAAGUUGUAGUAAUGUAUUUUGUCAGCCAUGUGCAUUGGUAUAGAAUUUAAAAUGAUCUCACACCCCAAUACCAGCGGUCCAAUGAACGCCAAGCGGUAUGUUCACGUGACACAAACGGGCCAAUAGGCGACGAGAGAUUUGAAAUUGUGCGUGGUCUUUGUUCACGAGUCCACCGUCAACGUUACUUCAGUUCCGUAAAGAGGGCCUUGUGUCGGUGUUCGUUUAUAUAUGGUCUCUGCCUAAAAUUGCAUAUAUUUUGGCCAAAAAUUGAUACAUGAAAGUGGUGAUUUUUUUCAUAAGACAACAACGUUUCGUCCUGACUGUUUAAUAACCGUCGCGUGAAUGUUGGACACGGAGAGCAGACACAGUACCGGGCUGGAUCAAGGGUCCACAAGAGAUCCUUGGCUCACAAUGGACUACUACUUAGGCACAGAUAGCGUAUCGUUGCAGGAGAUGCUGGACGUUGACAUAAAGUGUGAAGUAGAAGGAGUGAUUGGAGGCCAUCCCGAGCUGGGCUUCAAUUUCACCGACUUGUCGCCACUUGAGAUGGAUGACAAUCCCGUCGGCUGUCAAGAUGAUAUCAAUGGCUGGUUCGGCUCGGCUAGUCUGUUAAAUGGAAAUAGCAAUAGUUCCAACAGGUAUGUGAGCAAUUUCAACUUGGAUAUUACUGGAGGAGACGCAGCUUCGGUGAUGGUCAAUCCCAACUCUGUGAUGCCUCAUAUAACUGUGAGAAGUCCAAGUCCGCACAGUAAUCGUCGACACUUUUCUUUCUCUGUGAAAAAAGAUGUCAAAGAAGAGAAAGUCAAUGUGGAAGAUGAGAACGAUUCGGAAGGGGAACAGUACGAGCAUGAUAUGACGGAAACUGAAGAUGAAGAGGAAGAAGAAGAAGAGGGAGAUGAGGAGGAGGAGUCGGAAGACGAGCAGGAACUUACAACGACCAUAAUACCGGCGAAACUGAAGCAAAAUUCGCUACGUACAAACGCUAUCAUAAAAACCAUAUCUGCACAGAUAGCCAAACCUCAAAUUCAACAGAAAUUAAACACUGUUACGAAUAUAAAAGUACAAAACUUCAAACUACUCCAGAGUCCGCAUCACGCGCAGCACGUUAGAAAACAAAAUUACCAUAACAACGUUCACAACACAGUUCCCACAAUAAAAAGGGACAAGGAAUUUGACCUCUCAGAUUACGACGAAAGACCAUAUCCAAAACCGGCGUAUUCAUAUUCCUGUCUCAUAGCGAUGGCACUAAAGAAUAGCCACACAGGAUCUUUGCCAGUUUCGGAAAUCUACAAUUUCAUGUGUGAACAUUUUCCUUACUUCAAGACAGCGCCGAAUGGUUGGAAAAAUUCUGUAAGGCACAAUUUAUCGUUGAAUAAAUGUUUCGAAAAGAUAGAGAAGCCUGCAGGUAAUGGCAAUCAAAGAAAAGGAUGUUUGUGGGCGAUAAAUCCAGCAAAGAUAGCGAAAAUGGAUGAAGAAGUACAGAAAUGGUCAAGAAAAGAUCCUCUUGCAAUUAAGAAGGCAAUGAUAUAUCCUGACCACUUAGAGUUACUAGAACGGGGUGAAAUGAAGUAUGCAGGGAGCGGCUUUAUGUCAGAAGAGGCGGAAAGCUCUGGCGAUGAAACUGCGGAAGAAAAUACACCGUACAAUGAACCUGUUCAUAAUCAUAUUGCAGCAAAUUCUGUAACAGACAGUUAUGACGAGAGCAGUCAAGAUUUUGACAUAGAUAUUACCGAACAUAUCUAUGAUGAAAUUGAUAUUGAGGAUAACAAGGACACGUUGCACAUGCAGCUAAAUAUCGCUAAGCAGCCGACGUUUGAAUAUGAGCUUAGCCCUAGCACGAAGAGACAAAAAACAUUGACAGGAACGUUACAAGGAAAUUACGUCUACCAGCCUGUUGCGACGUCACGAAGGAAAACUCCUCUACUCUUGAGGCCAGGAGCAACGCCGAAUUCAUACCUCAAGAUUGAAUAAACGUUAGGAUGAAUUUUACGAAAAAAAUUCAUACAUGUUCACUGUAAAAAAUGCAUCCAUUUUUUUUCUACCUCCGUUCACAUUGGUAGUUGAAUUCUAUUAUGAAAUGUCGAUUUAAGCUGUCCACGUUAUUCUAAUUUACCAGUUGCUAUUCAUUUUCUUUUUUCUUACAACUCUUGACUUUCUGCUCUCAGUCGUAUUCCGGAAGUUCAGUGACGUUAAUGCAAUAUUAAUUACCCCUUCGUUACUUACUGUACCUAAAUACCAUUUUUACGUAUUUCACUUUUAUUUAAAAUGACUAAUACAAUAAUAAUAUAACUCAAACAUCGAAGACAUACAACCAAAACAGUUCGCAGUAUUUUAAACUUAUUCAGAUAUCAUUUUUCAUCUGAUAUUUUGUUUUAACACAUUUGUAGCAAUACAAAGUUUUCAUUAAGCGCGAAACAAUUGUAAUGGGUAGAAAUUGGAGUAUUUAGA